UCGAACUAGGUCGGGAAGUCAGCAGAUCCUGCGGGAUCCUGCGAUUCUUUGUCGGCGACCCGAAUUUUUUCGGCCUUCGCGGCGUCCGUGAUGGAUGGCUUUUACCGCGAUCUCUACGAAAGUUACCCCCAAAAGUGCGCCUUUAAGCGAGAAACCGGAACGCGCGCGAACUACGUUACGAACAAUGACGUUUUGAAGAAGGAACGGGAAAGUGACAGCGAAGAUUCGACCAAAAAUUCCAGAUCGAAAAUUGACACCGGCUACGUCAGCGCCGAAAGUUCCAUCGACAGCGACGACGAAAAAGAACCAAGCCACGUCCUCGAACCCCAACAUACAGGAUGUGCGUUGAACGGGCCGCGUAAAUGUCUGGCGUGGGCCUGCAAGGCGUGCAAGAAGAAGACCGUCGCGAUAGACAGGCGGAAAGCGGCCACUUUGAGGGAAAGAAGAAGACUCAGGAAAGUAAACGAGGCAUUCGAACUUCUGAAGCGAAGAACUUGCAACAAUCCGGGUCAAAGGUUGCCCAAAGUGGAGAUACUGCGGAGCGCGAUAGAAUAUAUCGAGUACUUGGAGGAGAUAUUGCAAGGCUCGAAGGCGACGUACCACAGCGGCACUACGGCGAGGUUGAACUCUGGGACCAGCGACUGUGGGAACUUGUCCGCCAGCCAGUAUAUCUGUGAUCGACUGCAUGAAAUCGGCGAGUCCAAAUAUUCACCCCAUCACGUAUGGAUGGACGAAGCCAGAACGUUAUAGACGACGUCAAGAUCUGGACCCGGCCUGUUCGAAACAUAGCGGGCCGGUCGGCUAUGGCUUUCACGGGCCGCAUCGUCGUCCCCCGUGUUUUGAAAAUGGCCCGUCACUUAAGGAACGAUAUUUAUGGUGUUUAUGAAAACCGAUUACUCGGGAUAUUUUGACAGCGAUAUGCC